AACAAACGUCGAAACGGUAUGCUUGUUAACCGGUUUUGUUUGUUGACUAUUUUAUUAGUCUUUUAGCAGAAAAGAGUGAUUUUUUGACAAUAAGUUCAGUUAAAUAGCAUUCUAAAUAAAAUGGAUAUCCCAAAUAUGUUAAAAGAUAACUUAGACCAGUCAAUGGAUAUAUCCAAUCAGGAAAAUACACCAAGGAGAUCAUUUUUGAGGUUAAACACAAAAGCAGCUACUCCUAAACGUAGGUCUCUUCAUCAAAAUAUUAUUUCUAAACGAUCAGUGGAGGAUAUAUUGAGUCCUAGAUUUUCAAAUCGACCUAGUAAGACUUCGGUCAGCAAUAUUGAUAGCUUUGAUUGUUCUAUCACAAUUAAUGCCAGUGAUCGAAUGUCCAAAUAUUUUAAAUCUAAUCAAAAUGAUUUGUCCAAUACAUCAUUACUUAUGGACAGGAGUAACUGGUCCCUUCAUGAAAUGAUGGAAGAUAGUGCAGCUACAGGCUUGAUAAUAAAAUCCGAUAAACCUUGGAAAAAAACAGCCUCAAAACUAUAUCAAGAAUUUUUAGAAAUAGUCCAGGUAAAUUUUUCGGAAAUUCAAGUCUUCGAUGCCAUAGCAGAUUUUAUUCAAAGUUGUACCGAUACUUUAUCGGUGAUGCGUAGUAUGCAAGCUAAAGUAGACAAUAGUGAAUUAUCAGAAGAGGAAAUUAGUUUACAAAAUGAAAGAAAUACUUGGAGACUUGUUUAUUGUCUCUACCAGAAUCGUUUAGCUGCUAAUUGUCAUAGUCGAAUGGAUACUGAUACUAAUGGGAACAUAUCUGAGAAAGAAGUUAUUAUGAACUUAUUAGCUAAUCAAAGUCAAGUUCGAGAAUAUCAAUUAAUCAUUGAUUGGUUAGAAAAGAAUGCAUCAGAUGAGUUAGAAAUGCUACCAAAAAUUGAGCAUUUUACUGACAAAACUGUUGCUUGGGAAAAUACUAUUCAUCAGCUUCAAAAUUAUCAAACAGGUAUAACCUUUAGUUCAAGUAGGCCUGUAGUAACAUCUUUAGAUCCAGAUGCUCCUAUAAGAGAAGGAAAGCCCCUUCAUGAUCUCGAUAAAGAAGAUGAUGCCCGACUUGAAAAAAGAAUGUUCCUAGAAGUUCGUUGUGGAAGACUCCAAAAAGCACAAGAGCUUUCAAUUCAUUGUGGACAACCUUGGAGAGCGGCAUGUUUACUUGGAUGGCAGCCACAUCACGAUCCAAAUUACAAAAAUCCUAUGAAUGAUACUAAACUACCAAUUGAAGGUAAUCCUCAUCGAGCUUUAUGGAAACUCACAGCUUGGCACAUGUCUCAGGAUACUCGUAUUGGUACAUUUUAUCGAGCAAUUUAUGCCAGUCUCUGUGGAAAUAUUCAUCAACUUUUGGCUGUAGCUCAAAACUGGUCAGAUGCACUUUGGGCUCAUAUAAAAGUACUCAUGGAUGUAGAAGUAGAAAAAGAACUACGUGAAAUGAUGGUGAAAGAGUACGUUCCGAUGCCCGAAGAUUAUUGGAAGAAUAAAGUAUCUUUAGAUGAAAUUUUCGACAAUCUUCAAGCUUCCAAAGAUCCAGCAAUCAGAAUUCAAGCAAAUAAGCCCGAUCAUUUAAUUCAAAAGUAUAUAAUUCUCGAUCAAGUACCGAAGUUGAUGGAACAAAUUGAAAUUUGGAUUAACCAAAAAAGUUGCGAACCGCAGUUUCUAAGAUUUCUUGCACAUCUCGUUCUCUUUCUAAGGCAUAUUGGCAAGAGUACUAAUGAGAAAGUUGGUGAUAAAGUUUUAUUAGAAUAUGUUAAAAUACUUACUGAGAUCGGAGAUCCAGCUCUAGUAGCCUUUUACACAGCAACAUUGCCACCAAACGAUCAAAUUACCAAUUAUGCAAAUUAUUUAGAAGGUAUAAGAGAUAACGAUAUGCGUAAAAACUGUCUUUCAGCAGCUGAAAAUGCUAGCCUGAAUGUCGAAGCAAUAACAAAGAUGGUAGUUGAAAAUAUAAGGAAUAAAAAUAUUGAAGCUGUUGAUACAUUAGAUUCAGGAGUGGUAAGCAAGAUUACAGAAGCUGAUUUAGAAAAAAUUGAUGCUUUAGAUUGGUUAAUAUUCUAUCAAAAUCAAAGAGAAGAAGCUCUCUGGCAGGCUAACGCUCUUAUCCGUUACUUUUUAACCUGUGAAAAGACUGAUGCUGCACGUAAAGCUUUUAAUAAGAUUCCUACAAACUCAAUUGAGAUUUUAAUGAUGGACUGUCCAUCAAUAGAAAAUACAAUAGAUCAAACAACAACUGGUGAUUUAUCUUUACACCAAUCUUCUGCUUCUAUACGUGAAUAUCUUUGUUAUAAAGCGUAUCUGGAUGCACAAGAAGGAUUUCAAGAAUGGUUCCAGCAUUUUCAUCAAGGAAAACCAAUACCACCUGAUCCUUUAUCAUCUUAUGCAACAUUUACAGAAAAAGUAGCUUAUGAUCAUAAAAAAGCUCAAUAUGAAUCAGAUCUUGAAAGAUGGAAGUCUACUAUGCAACAUCAUACAAAGGAAGUGAAGCAACUUCUUUUCAAUGUCCUUCUCUUUCCACAAGGAGGAUGGCUAGUUGAUACAAAAGAAGCAUCAGUCGAGGAUCCUCUUCGUAAACAUCAAUUGGAAAAACUUCGUUCCCUUUGUAUACCAAAAGUAACACUUUUAUUAUUGACUGUAAUGUCUGAAAUGAAUCAACACAUGGAAUGUGUUGAAUUAGCAGACGUUCUCGCUUCAGAACAGUAUAAAUUAUAUAAAGUUUUCUCUAAAACAAGUUUGCGUGAAGUUUAUACAAAAAUUUGUGAAUCAUCAGUGGUGUUGAUGGACCAAAAGAAAGACGCUUGGGGUUAUUCUAAAUGAAAUAUAAAGUGACGAGUGAAGUGGUAAGUGAAUGAAUAUAAAAUAAUUAUUUUUUCAUCGUGAGUGAGUUUACAAAACGAUUUAUUGUCAACCACACGAAGUGAAUAUAAAAUUUGAUACAUUGAUAAUUAAUCAUAAUAUGUAAUGGUAAUAAAUUGUAAUAAUAGCAACAAUGAGAUUGCCAAUA